AGCCUGGUGACCUCUGGCCACCCGCUGUCCCAGGUGGGCCUGGAUCCUUCCAGUUCAUUCUUUGCCUGCGCCGUCCCUCGUUCCAUGGCCCAGUCCUCCCCGGGGACCCUGAGCCUGGAAGCCCCGGACCACUGGAACCUUGAACCCACCAGCUGGCUGUACCCGGAGCCGUGGCAGCAGCCCUGUGAAACCCCAUCCCCAUGGCGGCCAUCCCAGCCCUGGACCCAGAGGCCGAGCCCAGCAUGGACGUGAUUUUGGUGGGAUCCAGUGAGCUCUCAAGCUCCAUUUCACCCAGGACAGGCAGAGAUCUUAUUGCAUAUGAAGUCAAGGCUAACCAGCGAAAUAUAGAAGACAUCUGCAUCUGCUGCGGAAGUCUCCAGGUUCACACACAGCACCCUCUGUUUGAGGGAGGGAUCUGCGCCCCCUGUAAGGACAAGUCCCUGGAUGCCCUCUUCCUGUACGACGAUGACGGGUACCAAUCCUACUGCUCCAUCUGCUGCUCCGGAGAGACGCUGCUCAUCUGCGGAAACCCUGAUUGCACCCGAUGCUACUGCUUCGAGUGUGUGGAUAGCCUGGUCGGCCCCGGGACCUCGGGGAAGGUGCACGCCAUGAGCAACUGGGUGUGCUACCUGUGCCUGCCGUCCUCCCGAAGCGGGCUGCUACAGCGUCGGAGGAAGUGGCGCAGCCAGCUCAAGGCCUUCUACGACCGAGAGUCGGAGAAUCCCCUUGAGAUGUUCGAAACCGUGCCUGUGUGGAGGAGACAGCCAGUCCGGGUGCUGUCCCUUUUUGAAGACAUCAAGAAAGAGCUGACGAGUUUGGGCUUUUUGGAAAGUGGUUCUGACCCGGGACAACUGAAGCAUGUGGUUGAUGUCACAGACACAGUGAGGAAGGAUGUGGAGGAGUGGGGACCCUUCGAUCUUGUGUACGGCGCCACACCUCCCCUGGGCCACACCUGUGACCGUCCUCCCAGCUGGUACCUGUUCCAGUUCCACCGGCUCCUGCAGUACGCACGGCCCAAGCCAGGCAGCCCCAGGCCCUUCUUCUGGAUGUUCGUGGACAAUCUGGUGCUGAACAAGGAAGACCUGGACGUUGCAUCUCGCUUCCUGGAGAUGGAGCCAGUCACCAUCCCAGAUGUCCACGGCGGAUCCCUGCAGAAUGCUGUCCGCGUGUGGAGCAACAUCCCAGCCAUAAGGAGCAGCAGGCACUGGGCUCUGGUUUCGGAAGAAGAAUUGUCCCUGCUGGCCCAGAACAAGCAGAGCUCGAAGCUCGCGGCCAAGUGGCCCACCAAGCUGGUGAAGAACUGCUUUCUCCCCCUAAGAGAAUAUUUCAAGUAUUUUUCAACAGAACUCACUUCCUCUUUAUAAAUGAGUCACUACACUGUGAAGAGAAAGACUUUUCCUAGAACAAAGGCAACUUUCCUCACGUUGUCUCUUUCCUCUUCGGAUUCUUGUUUUUUUGCGUCUCUGGUUUUUUUUGCGUCGUCACUGCAGACCCACGUUCCAUUGGGUUCUGGAGACUCAGGGUCUCUCCCCCAUCACGCUGGCUCAUGGGACGGGGCGAGGUCCACGCCGCUGCACACGGGAACACACGUGGUGGUGCGCGAUGUACUUCCUGAAAGCAUUUCUGUGUUCUAGUUGAGAAGUUCAAGUAUAUUUAUUAUAAGAUAGUUAUUGGUCACGUCUGGUGUUUUAUGUAUAGGCACAGCCAUCUGUCACCCUGCAUGGCAGGGGGUGGAGGCCAGAAGUGAGCAGGAGGCGUGUUCGGAGCGCCUGCACCAUGUCCCGCAUGAUGCACUUUCUGCCGGGGCCUUCCCCUUGAGGCCGCUGUUUGCGUUCGUAGAGAAACCACGCACCCUGAUUGUAGCUGCACCAAACAGCCUGGACCUUUGCAAAAGUACAGGACCUCAGCCUUGGCAGACAAAGGAGGGACCUGCUGAACAGACGGUGCGGAGGCCAAGGCCAGAUCCACGCACAAAGGAUGUCACUUGUGGGUCCUACCCCAGGUGGUAUUGCUUGCAAAAAGUAGGGCUCCUCCUGGCCCUCUGCAGUCUGAGUCUCAGUGAGGAUAAACCCAGCGGAAAGCUCUGCCUCAGGCUGGGCUCGAAUCACAGGAAAUGAAUCUUACAGGGGAACUUUGGGGUCUGCACUGGGACUAUUAGUGGUACGUAAAAUGCUUUGUGGAAGAAAGGUU